CUGACGUUCCAUGCUUGUACGUUUUUCUCUUCACCUCGAAAGCGCACGACUCGUCGUAACAGCAUCGUCGUGAAUUCGAAGAAACUCGAUCAUUCCUCGACGAGAACGAACCUACGGGAGAUGACGAUACGCGAGUAGACAGUGCUAAACAUCGUCGACGUGUGCUUUCCUUUCCCCUGCGAUUCAAGUUGCCAAAUCGAAGCGCACAUCAUCGGCGCCUGCCGGCUUUUCAUCAUCUGAACGGCCUGGCCGUCGCCGAAGCGAAUUUUGGAACGUAAACGCUCAUCGCGAAGUAUCCGACACGAUGACGGACAAUGGGACAGCAGAACAGGAGAAACACAUGAAGCAGCUGAAACGUAGGAUGGAAUGCUGGCGGGAAGUGAUACUACCUCUGUAUUCCAUCUUGCUGUGGGAACGCAGCUGGCACCCAGGUUUUAUCAUUGGGCUGAUAACAAUGAUAUUCAGUUCAAUAUGGAUUCUGGAUCCAUCUUUGCUGGCGAUAAUAUCCUUUUGUCUGUUGAUAUUGGCUCUUGUCGAUUAUCUUGUGCCAAUUUUGACAUCAUUGUUGUGUAAUGCACAGAGUUGGACAGGGCAAAAAGAGAAGAAACUAAUUGAGAUCUGUCAGAAUCUCUCAGCUACUAUGACACAGAUUGAGAGCAUGUGGACAUCGCUCGCGAGAAUUCGGCUUGAUCGUCCUAAUAGCUACUAUUGCGCAACGAUCAUCUGCCUUCUUCUCUUCGUAUGGGUCGGCAACACAGUCAACAAUCUGCUUCUACUCUAUAUUAUAGUGAACGCGAUUCUCCUCACACCAGGACUCCGACACAAGGGACGAGCGCGUUGGGCCGUGAAAUAUGCAUACAAUCGUUUAAUUCGCCGUCAUUUGUCAUAAUCAUCGUAGCUCUAUAUCUUUUUACUUCCGUCGAACCACCGAAAUCCUUCGUUCUACGUCUACAUGUCUUAAUCCGCGUGCAAUGUAAAUCUAUUCAUAACAUGCGACACUAUAUGAUAUAUUUUACAAGUA